AUUGAAGUUCUGUAAACAAAAACAAAAAAUAGACCGAUGUUAUUAUUGUAGGGUAAUUUUGGUAGCUUUUAAUUUGAAAUUUCUCUUCCUGGUCAAUACCGGAAGUGUGUCUUCACAGUUGCAGGUUGCAAGCAUAGACAUGCAUGUCUGGUUGCAAGUGCAAGCUGCAAUUUACAGAAACUAGCUGUACUGCGCAUCUUCCAUUUAUCUCCGUGUAAACCCGAAUUGUAUCUUUUCGCUGGUAGGUGAUAUACUAUUAAGCCAGCUACUGAAAUACACACAACCCUUUUUUUGGUGUCUUUGAAACUGAGAAUGCCACUGGAGCUUAAACGUUUGCUCGCUUCUGGACUUAAUUCCCUCGAACCCCUCGAUUCAGGACUGAUGGACGUCCUGUUCAGGCGGGCAGGCAGUGCAGCCCUGCACCUGGUCCGGAGACAUGGGAUAAUUACCCACAACGCCGCCGUGCGGCGUCACAGGAUGUCCGUGGCGACGCUAGCGGCCCGUCGCUGGAAGAGCAGCACGCCUGUGGAGUUCUCCCAGGAGGACCUGCGCAAGCGCCUUACCCCCCUCCAGUACAGCGUCACCCAGGAACGGGGCACUGAAAGGGCUUUCACUGGGGAGUUCUCUGAGCAUCACGAAGAAGGAACCUACACCUGUGUUGUGUGUGGCACACCUCUCUUCCAGUCUGAUAAGAAAUUUGACUCUGGUUCAGGCUGGCCGUCGUUCUCCGAUGUGAUCGAUGAGGAGUGUGUGAUCCUGACAGAGGACUGCUCCCACGCCAUGCUCCGCACGGAGACCUGCUGCUCUCAGUGUGGCUCCCACCUCGGACACCUCUUUGAGGACGGCCCUCUCCCGACGGGACAGCGGUACUGCAUCAAUUCGGCCUCCCUGGACUUCCGGCCCAAGGAGGCCGCGCCGCCCGGAACGCCUGGGAAAAGCCCGGGAACGUCCUGAGCGGGCGAGCGGGAGCGGGGGCCGGUCCCAGAGGGGCACCGAGGGCCAGGUCCGCUCAGUCAGGGGUCGGGCGGACCUCCCUGGGGCCGCCGCAGGGUCUGUGGGGCCGGGUGGUUUCCACAGGUCCAUCGUCUUCAUUUCUCUUUGUGGACCCACCUCACACAGCCUGAGAAAUGAUCCUGUAAAAUCAUCCAAAAUCAGGUUUUGAGAAAAUUUAUUCCAAAGAUAUACAGUGUUAAAAAGAUGCCCUAUAUAUAUAUAUAUAUAU